AUGUGCGACCGGAGAGUCCAUCCUCAUCCGGAGACGAAGACGAGGGCAAAGUCGCGACCCACCGCCACCACUGGAGAAGGCGACGUAAGCCAUGCCAGUAACAACUCGACUGACCCCACACAAUCGCGUCUUCAAGAGCUUCAGCGAGAACUUGCCGAGCUUAAACAAGAGAAGAAGGAGGCUCAGCGGGAACUUGCAGAGCUUCAACAAGAGAAGAAGGAGGUCCUCGCGACGCUAGAGCGCCUACUUCUCGUGCGCAUGAUAGAGUGGACGAAGAUCGCUGAGCACCCUGACACACCCUCUGAUUUGGAACGGGAGGCACGCAGCAUGUAUGCUCUAUUACAUGCCAUUCUUACCCCGGUGUGCGCAGGCUCCCUAGGCCACACGCUGUCAAUCCUGAGAACCUCCAGGUGCCUCAUGGAGGCUACCUCCAGCCGCGCCAAGCAGAUCAUGGAGAGAAUCAGAAAGGGUGAUAGUGAGGAGGGUGGCGGAUCUGGUGAGGAAGGUUCUGGCUCAAGCCAGGCGGGACAAGAUAGAAGAGGAGACGAUUCUGUUUGA